CUUAAACCGUCAGCACAAAGCCACCACCAUUCUUCUUGUGAAGUCGGUGUUUACCGUUCUGCAAAAUGGUGGCUCUCCGGGCCAUCGUGGCGUGUUUCCUUGGGGUGCAUGUGUACAAGUCCUCUGGCUCUGAGUUAGGAUGUCUGCAUGGACAGGUGGAGGACAACAUAAUGGCAAUAUCAAAUGUAUACAGGGUAGACCGAGGGAUACCCCUUUACAAAUGCAUCGCCCACUGCCAGAUGGCGAACAAAUGCAAGUCCAUCAGCUACCGCAAAGGGUCCAUGUCAUGCGCUUUGGUUGACACUGAUGCUCCAGGAAUGCACAAAGAUGAAGACGUCGUCUUUAUCAAGAUGAACUCCUUUCAAAAGUCUCUGGCAGGACGCUGUUCCCAAUUAAGCUGUGAGUCUGGGAAGAAAUGUGUAGUGGACAGAUUGCAUCGGCCGUCCUGUGUGUGGGAAUCGACUUGGUCAUCCUCUGAAUCAUCCACCGCUACAUCAUGGACAACAGCACCUACUACCACGGUGGCUCCGAAAUGUGGCUCGCCUCGAAAAGAGGAAAACGCCAAGGCGACUGUGACGGGAUACGACGUGGGUGACAAAGCAGUCUACGUCUGUAACCCGAACCACAUAAUGUGUGGAACUGGAACAGUUGUAUGUGAGCCAACAGGAGAAUGGGCGAGUUCGGAGUUCCAGUGCAUGCCUGACUUUGUGACCGUGGCCGAAAGGAGAGCCUUAUCCUGCCCUUUGACUACGGAAUCCAACUUUAUAGUGACAAGAUUGGCUACUUCGAUGCUGAGUAUCACCAUAGAAAUUUCCAAUCACGCUACCGCACAAAUCCUUGCUCGAUUACACAUGAGCUUCACUGAGGGGACCAUACAAUGGUCAGGAUUAACGCAAGGGAAAUGGACUGAUCAUGACAAACACGCUAUCACCUCAGACGGAGCUUCGGAGAUCUCCUUAAUCAUCAUGUGGUCCUCGGACCUGAUUUGGCUUUACUACAACGGAGAAUCGUCCCCAAGCAUGCCUUUCGUCGGUUUAGGCGAUGCUGAUGUAAUUGAUGUCCGUUCUAGCUUGGACACUGACAUCAUCCGUGUAAGCAACUGCUGCCCCUAAUGAACCCGCCACCAUAAGUGCAUACUAUUGUUACCUUCUUGCUGGGAAUGUCCUUAGUUCAAGCCUCGCACAUUUCCUAUGUCCGGUUACGUGGCUAUUGUGUUAUGCUAGAUCAUUAAUGUGCCUCCUCUUGCGAAUAUAUAUGAUCACCUGAUGAAGACUCACUGAUAUUUUGAUGAAUGAAGUUACACAUUUUUUUCUUUGAAAAAGUUAUUGAAAUGCAGAACAUCCUGAUUGGGCAGUGUUGGAGAUUGAUGAUUUCACUUUCCUUUCUCCUAAACAAAUUGACAUACAUGUAUGUUAUGUUAUCUAUUCAUAUAGUGUAUGUAUUGAACGUGAAAACGCUACUUUACCUCACCUUACCUCAUAUAUAGCGCAUCUCGCACAUCCGCGAGUUGCAACUUUAUUCCCAACCCUUCUCCAGUAUUCCCUGCCUUAUAUAAGAUUUGCACCCUUUAUCGUCAGUGCAGUCCCUUUUCAGCCCAUGUGGGUUCAACAGUUCCCCCUCAUCCACCCCAAAUUGAUAUUUCCAUGGUAUGUUAGUUACCCCGGCUGCAUUUAUGCUUCAAAGUAACGAAUCAUUUCUUAUUUCCUGUAAUGUCACUUCGGCUAGUUAACGUAAUGUCUAUGUUCUAAAAGCAUUAAGCUUGAAGUUGUGUCAUUAUUAUAAUUUCCCAUCCUUUAUCAUCUCAAACAUUUGUCAUUGCCAUUUUAAAUUUAAAUAUACUCUUUAAAAAAACGCAAUACGGAUAUCUUUGGCCAUAAAAGCAAAAUUAGCGACCCAAGAGGUUUAAUGUGUUAUAGUGUCAGUGACAAAUUUCCCGCAUCAAAAUGAUCACAACAAAGACAUGCAAACCAUUAGUCGUGAAACACGUACGACUCGGAAAAACGCACCAAGUGGAUUAACACGGUGGAUUAAGACGUGCAGCAGCACUAUGAACGGUAUUAAAGUAGAGGGUUUGCCUGGCAUCUGCGUCAAUCGAACAGUGACAGUUUAACAACAUGCCAAGAGUAACAGAAGUGCGACGAAACAACGUCAUAGGCCGCUUGCUGGCAGGGGAAUCCCAAUCAGCUGUAGCCAAUGUAGCGCCCAGCACCAUCACAAGGCUAUGGGAUCGCCCAAGGUCGGGACGACCAAGAGUAACCGACCCCGCUCAAGAUCGCAAUAUCCGACUGCGCCACCUACGUGGAAGGACGACCACAGCCACUUCAGCCGCAUCCCAAAUACCUGGACUACGCAGAAUCUCCGACCAGACCGUAGGAAACCGUUUAACAGCAGCAGGUCUACGAGCAAGACGUCCUCUUCGACGCGUCAUAUUGAGUCGACAACAUCGUCAAGAACGCCUGUCUGAGACAUCUGGUUCAGUGACGAAUAAAGAUUUCUCCUCCGUCGAGGGGAUGGAAGAGUACGGGUCUUCAGACGUCGGGGAGAACGUUACGCCGAAAACUGCGUACAGGAAGUGGACAGGUUUGGUGAGGGUAGUGUUAUGAUGUGGGCAGGUAUCUCUCAUCAUGGCAGGGCAGGUUUGGUCCAUAUCCAAGGCGAUAGAGCACCUGUGGGAUGAAUUUGAUAGACGGCUACGGCGACGUCAACCACAACCCCAGACGUUGCAGCAGUUGGCGUUUGCGUCGCAGGCCGAGUGGGCCACCAUUUCCCAGGAUAUGAUUCGCAUACUCGUCUCUUCAAUGGACAGGAGAUGUCUUUCGAUUCCAACGGGGGACAUGCGCGUUAUUGAUGGUAGCUGACCUUUACCUGGAACUUUUCCUAUGUACCGAUAACUGAGAUAACUACACUCACCAAAUGUUCUCUCCACAAUAUUUUGGCUCAAUACCUUGUACGGUUCCUCGUAUAAAUGUAUCUACCUACCCUACACAAAUCUGGCUUUGCAUAUCAUUUUUUUUGAAGACCAUAGUUACGAUAAAGGGUAUGCCUCAUUGCUUUCAAGUUUUACCAAAUCACUCUGUAAACUUUUUGCGUUAUAUUUAUCACCGUCUUCAAUGUUUUAACACAUACAUAAUGUAGAUUUUCAUUUCAUAUCCCAUUCCACAUUGUGGCUUUUGUCAACACGUUUGUUAAGCCAAAUAAACUGUGAAUUAAGCUUG